GUGGUUCCGGGGCUGCACGCCCGGGCGACUCCCGCCGUCUUCCGGCCCCGCGCGUGGAGCCGAACCCGUGGCUCCCAAGUCCCUCGGCGCAGCUUCCCACACCCGCCGCCUCCCUGGCCGCCACCGGCGCCGCUGCUGCCCCAGACGGCAGCGGAAUCCGUGCCUCUCCGGCGGACAGGCCCCCUCCGCCGUUUCCGCCGUGACGAAUCAGCGCCCGGCUGGGAAAUUACCCAAAUUCGGGGAGUUUUGAGGAACUGGAAAAAAAUUCUUGACUGUACGAAGCAUCACGCAUCCUCACACGGAGGCUUUUUUCUCUAAAGACAGUCGGGAGACGCCUGGAAAGAAAUUAAGAAGAGUGUUGAAAGUGCGAGAGCGGAAGAUCCGGGCGCGAGGGGCGGGGCGUGCGCGGGACAAAGGGAAGCGAGGCCGGAGCUGCGGGCGCUUUUUCUGCCCGCUGUGUCUCAGAUUCAUUCUUAAGGAACUGAGAACUUAAUCUUCCAAAAUGUCAAAAAGACCAUCUUAUGCCCCACCUCCCACCCCAGCUCCUGCAACACAAAUGCCCAGCACACCAGGGUUUGUGGGAUACAAUCCAUACAGUCAUCUCGCCUACAACAACUACAGGCUGGGAGGGAACCCGGGCACCAACAGCCGGGUCACGGCAUCCUCUGGUAUUACGAUUCCAAAACCCCCAAAGCCACCAGAUAAGCCGCUGAUGCCCUACAUGAGGUACAGCAGGAAGGUCUGGGACCAAGUCAAGGCUUCCAACCCUGACCUAAAGCUGUGGGAGAUUGGCAAGAUUAUUGGUGGCAUGUGGCGAGAUCUCACUGAUGAAGAAAAACAAGAAUAUUUAAACGAAUACGAAGCAGAGAAGAUAGAGUACAAUGAAUCUAUGAAGGCCUACCAUAAUUCCCCCGCAUACCUUGCUUACAUAAAUGCGAAAAGCCGUGCAGAAGCUGCUUUAGAGGAGGAAAGUCGACAGAGGCAGUCUCGCAUGGAGAAAGGAGAGCCCUACAUGAGCAUUCAGCCUGCUGAAGACCCAGAUGACUACGAUGACGGCUUUUCCAUGAAGCAUACGGCCACCGCCCGUUUCCAGAGGAACCACCGCCUCAUCAGUGAGAUCCUCAGUGAGAGCGUGGUGCCGGACGUUCGGUCCGUUGUCACGACAGCCAGAAUGCAGGUCCUCAAACGACAGGUCCAGUCCUUAAUGGUUCAUCAGCGAAAACUAGAAGCUGAACUUCUCCAGAUAGAGGAGCGACACCAGGAAAAGAAGAGGAAAUUCCUGGAAAGCACAGAUUCAUUUAACAAUGAACUUAAAAGGUUGUGUGGCUUGAAAAUAGAAGUGGACAUGGAAAAAAUUGCAGCUGAGAUUGCACAGGCAGAGGAGCAGGCCCGCAAAAGGCAGGAGGAAAGGGAGAAGGAGGCCGCGGAGCAGGCCGAGCGCAGCCAGAGCAGCGUCGCUCCCGAGGAAGAGCAGGCGGCUAAUAAGACCGAAGAGAAGAAGGAGGACGAGAGUGUUCCCAUGGAGACAGAGGAGACACACCUUGAAGAAACGGCGGAAAGCCAGCAGAAUGGUGAGGAAGGCACGUCUACCCCGGAGGACAAGGAGAGUGGACAGGAGGGGGUGGACAGCAUGGCCGAGGAAGGGACCAGCGACAGCAACACGGGCUCGGAGAGCAACAGUGCGACUGUGGAGGAGCCCCCGACAGACCCCGCACCGGAAGAUGAGAAAAAAGAAUAAAUGCUGCCUUGUUUUAUGUAUUCUGAGUACUUUUUUAAAUGAGAAAAAAAAUGUUUUUGAGUUGUAA